GUCAAGCUGGGGUCGCAGUAGAAAAAGAGCAAUACGACACCGGGCUAUCUCUUUCAUUUGGUGAGGUCGAUGAUGUAGAUGACGAGGUUAAGAGAAAGUAUACCAUAGUUGAUUUGCUGUCUAGUUCCGAGAAAGGAGACGUGGAGGAACUGGACACCAUAGUCAGACAUGGUAUCCCUGUACAUUCUACCACCAAGAGUGGCUCGUCCGUAUUGCACUAUGCGGCACGUAAUGGACAAUCUGAGAUGAUACGUCAUCUGAUAGACAACUAUCCCGCGUGCCAUGUCAAAGGUCAGUUUCUCGACCCGGCAGGAUAUAAUGUGCUACACCAUGCCGCCCGCUCGGGUAAUAUUGAGAUGUUUGAUAAGUUACUUGAGACUGGGAUCGACCUGAAGGCAAGAACAGCAGACGGAAGGAGUGUCCUUGACUUGGCAGGGGAGGCCAAACAGACAGACAUGGUCCACCAUCUUGCGAGAUAUGACCAGUUUGACUCUUCAUACAUGCAAUGCAAGUUAUCAUCAUUAUAAGCUUAUUACCUAGAACUCAUAUCUACCCUUUAUUGUACUGAACGAGAACUCAUAUCUACCCCAGACUGUACUGAACUAGAACUCAUAUCUACCCCUUAUUGUACUGAACUAGAACUCAUAUCUAACCCUUAUUGUACUGAAUUAGAACUCAUAUCUAUCCCUUAUUAACUAGAACUCAUAUCUACCCCUUAU